GGGUGCGCGUUGGCCAUAGUGGAAGCUGCUGCGACCACCAUGCAGUUGACGGUGAAGGUGCUCCAGGGCCGCGAAUGUAGCCUGCAGGUGCCGGAGGAUGAGCUGGGGUCGACACUGAAACACCUGAUCUCAGAGAAGCUGAACGUCCCUGUGUGCCAGCAGUGGCUGCUGUUCAAGGGCACGGUCCUGGCAUAUGGGAAACGACUGUUGGAUUACAGCACUGGGGCCAAUUCCAAGCUCAACCUAGUGAUCAAACCUCUGGAGAAGGUGUUACUGGAAGAAGGCACAGCCCAGAGACUGGCCACCUCCCCACCCCUACCCGUCUGGCAGCUGAUCUCUAAAGUCUUGGCUCGCUACUUCAGUGCGGCAGAUGCCAGCAGGGUCCAGCAACAACUACAGAGGGAUUACGAGAGGUCUCUGAGCUGCCUGACGCUGGAUGACAUCGAAUGCUUGGCCAGCUGCUUUUUGCACCUUGAAGUGACUGAGGCUGUGGAGAAGGGGUUCUCCAAAUAG